AAAAUAUAGAAAAUAGGUGCCCAAAAAACAAACACUUAAAUUGGAGGGUGGUUGUAAUUCACUCACGUUGAUACAUCGAAUUCAUAGAUUUGGGUGUGUUUCUGAUUCAAAGGCGAGAGCAAGGUCGUGUAGCAGUCCUAACCUCACUAAAUUUCGUGUUUGAAACUCUCUGUUGUUCUUGCAGCUAAGAGAGUACCGAUUCCAUGGCCACUAAAAACGAAAGCGACGAUUCAACCCAUACUUCUCCAUCAUCGCCGAAGAACAUAUACAAAGAUCCAGAUGAUGGGCGGCAACGGUUUUUGCUUGAAUUGGAGUUUGUUCAGUGCCUUGCCAAUCCUACCUACAUCCACUAUUUGGCUCAGAAUCGAUAUUUUGAGGACGAAGCAUUCAUUGGAUACUUAAAGUAUCUUCAAUAUUGGCAGCGCCCUGAAUAUAUUAAAUUUAUUAUGUAUCCUCAUUGUCUUUAUUUUCUUGAGCUGCUUCAGAAUGCAAAUUUUCGCAAUGCAAUGGCACAUCCUGUCAAUAAGGAACUGGCACAUAGACAACAAUUCUACUUCUGGAAGAAUUAUAGGAACAAUCGGCUGAAACACAUUUUACCAAGAUCACUUCCUGAACCUAGUGCCACAUCUGCAGUUCCUGCGCCCGUUUCAACUCCAGCUCAGGCACCUGCAUCUGCACUACCACCAGUACCUGCUACAAGCGUUGCUGUCACAGCAGCACCUACUCAAGCUCCUUCUCCUAUGUCGUUCGGUAUGCCCCCUGGCUCUGGUCUAGCUAAAAAUGACAUGAGGAAUCCUACAGUGGACAAUAGAAGGAAGAGAAAGUGACUGUUAAUACCUCAUGUAAAUUGAUUAUAAAAAUAGUUCAAUGUGGUUGGGUAAGGAAUCAGUUUGUUUGAGAGAUGGAAGUGUGGACAAUGAUAGAGCAAAGUUUUUAUGCAAAUUAUUUUUGUUAUCUUUAAAUAUUAGUUAAUAUUGAGUUGGGCCGACAAGUUCUAAUUGAAAAUCCAUAUGCAGUUAGUCAAAACUCAUAAUUUGUAUACAUAUAGUUUGUGAAAUGAUUUUCGAUUGGCAUACUGCCUUUGAUGGUUUCUA